CCCCCCCCCCCCCAAAAAAAAAACCAAAACCUCGCUCAGAAGGAUACCGGGCCGACACGAUGGAGAAGAAGGAUCUGCUCGUCGUCCGCAAGAGGACGCCGCCGAAGCGCCGCCGCAAGCUUGUGGCGCCGGCAAAGGCCUCCGGCAACGGAGGCGCUCGGGGCCUCGCGAAGGCGAUCGCCGCAUACCUCGCGUCGGACUCCUACAUGUACGCGUCGUUGGUGCCUGCUCCUCCUCCCCCGCCGCCGGCCGCGGCGGCGCCCUCCGCGGCGCCUCCUAUUUCCACUCCUGAGAAAGAAGUCACACUGGUGCAAAAAUACAGAGGCUCUUGGCAAGCUACCUUUACUGCCAACUAGAAGCAUUUGUGGACAUGUUGUUGGUGUUGUUCAUGCAGCUGUGUCCUUUUAAAGCACUACCAUUGUUGUUUCCAUACUCUGUUAUGUUAAUGCCUAUACACUGUUGGUUAACAAUCUACCUUUCUUCUGGAGCU